AUGCGCAGGGGCCCAUCCGUGCUUCUACAGCUGAAAGCCAUCAGAUUUUCGGUAGCCAAACGUCUUGCGAGCAGCAAAAAGGAAAACGAAUUCGAGGACCUACAAGACCGUAUCCAACAGUACAGCAAGAAGCUCUACAGGAAUAACGCUCUAGCCAGCUUCAGAGCCCGUGAAUUAUCAUCCUCGAUCGAUAAUCUCGCGCGAAGUAUUGCCUCGGUCCGGGCGAAGCAAGAGUCUACAAGGGAUUUGAUGAAUCCCGACAUCAACGACGUCCCCUCCUAUAUCUUCAUCGAUAUUCUCAGUAACGGAACUGCCCAGUUGGCCCCGGCGAUUUCGCUGCGGACUAAUCUACGGUCGUACCUAUUCAACUGUCCGGAAGGCACCAGUCGAUUUCUACCCGUGCAUCGACUCCGCGAGAACAUCAUCAAUGAUAUUUUUGUGACAAGAGGUACUUGGGACAAUAUUGGCGGCAUUUCGGGGCUGCUGCUGGGAAAGGACGCGUCCGCGCCAGCCACGCGCAUCCACGGAGCUUUGAAUAUCAAGCACUUUCUCGAAUGCAUCCGGCCCUUUCAAGAUGCCGAUUUUGGAUCGGCAAAGUAUCCGACCCAGGUUGACGAAUGUCCGUAUACAAAUGGAUCUUACGAGGAUCCGGGAAUCAGGGUGGACUACAUUCCGAUGAGUCGCCCUCUGCAUGCUUCGCUAGGGAAUAUGAAGGGAAAUGGGCUCGACAUCGCCUAUCUCAUCACCCUGAAGGGCCGGCCAAGGAAAGUGGACGUAAAGAAGCUGAUAGAACUGAAGAUUCCCAAAGGUCCGCUGAUCGGGAAGUUGAAAUCCGGGAUUGCUGUCACUCUACCUGAUGGGCGAACAAUUCAACCGGGAGAUAUCCUGCACGAGGAGACGUCAGGAGACGAUCGCGAAUCCCUUCUGGUUGCUGACUGCGCGGAUGUUUAUUGCAGGGAUGCCCUCUUUUCGAACACUCUCCUUCAGCCCUACCUGACCGGGAGCAAGCACCUUUCCUACAUGCUGCACCUCUCGCAACCUGACGUACUUGGCACCAAGGAAUACGGGGCUCUGGUUGCUAAAUUGGGCCCGAGUUGCGAGCACAUUGUGGUGAAUGGACACGGACCAGCAGUUCCUCACCACGACGGCAUCUACCAACACCAGCAGCGCCUACGAGUAGUCGCGCCGGCCGUCUUCCCGAUGCUGUAUCCGUUUGAAUGGUCCGGCACCGUCACCCAGCAAUCGACACUCGCUUCUCGAGAGGGCGUAUUUUCCUUUGCAACACCAUUACAAAGAUUCGUGAUGCGUGCGGGAGGUACUGAGGAGCCGAUUACAUUGAAUCUCCCAAGUGCGCCGAGCAACACGGAACAGCCGAACCCUCUAUUUGAGCUCUACACCGAGGAGGAGAAGCUUGCCGAUAAACAGAACACCCCGGACGAAACGUUGGAAUUUGGGAAGCGCGUGGCCGAGAUAAAGACUCUCUCUAACGACAUUCUUUCGAAUGCUCCUCGCGAAUAUCCGGCUAUAUCGUUUUUGGGGACAUCUUCCGCUACACCUUGCAAGUAUCGAAACGUGACUGGCUAUUUGGUGGAGACAAGCGAUACGGCUUCAUUUUUGGUCGAUGCCGGGGAAGGGACUUACGGGCAAUUGCGGGUUCUUUUUGGCGAUGCGGGUUGCAAGAAGUUGUUGACCGGGCUCCAUUCGAUCUUUAUCACGCAUGCCCACCAAGACCACAUUGGCGGUAUCCUGGCUAUAUUGGAGAAACGGAAGAAGGCUUUCACUGACCUUGGGAUACCCUAUCGGAAGCUGAUCUUGGUGUGUAACCGGAAUGUGGUGAAGCCGUUGCGCAUUUAUUCAGCCAGUUUUGCUGACUUGACGGAGCUCAUGGUAGAAGUAAACCUCAGCGUCGUCAUUGCCAAUGCUCGGUCUGGCAGUAGUUCUCCACCCACCUUCGCGCCUGUCAUCGACGUUCUACCCUUGAUGCCAACGGAUUUGUUCAACGUCGAAAAGACGGGCAUCAGCGAAGCAAGGGCGGUCCAAGUACAUCAUACACGCAACGCGAAUGGCUACGUUUUCCGUUGCGGCGACAAGAAGAUCGUUUUCAGCGGCGACACCAAACCGUGCGAUCUUUUGGUAAAAGAAGGCCAGGAAGCCGAUCUAUUGGUCCAUGAGUCGACGUUUGAGGACGGAUUCGAGAAAGACGCGGAGCGGAAAAAGCACUCGACCAUGGGCCAAGCCGUCGAUGUGGCAAGGCGGAUGUCGGCAGCAUCGACUAUCCUCACGCAUUUUUCGGCUCGCUAUUCCAAGAUUCCCCCAUUGCCCGAUUACCUUGACGAGCAUGGGAUUGGGAUUGCGAUGGACAAUAUGAGAGCCCGUUGUGACCAUUGGCAUCUAAUCCCGAAGCUCGUCCCGAUUUACCGGCAUUUGUUCAAACAAGAGCUCUUCGAGAUGAGUCUCCGAAAGUUGCAACGCGAUAGACGGGAAGAAUUGGCAGCGCUGAACAAUGCCGGCGACGCAUCGUCCAAGUCCGCGGAGAACGGAGCGCACAAUAAACGCGCCACCAACAAGCCAGCCAGCCCUAAGCAGUCGUCGAAGAAACGGAAAGUAGACGCGCAAAAA